AUGAUUUUUUUUGCACUUGUGGCCUUUGCGUUUUCAUGUGAUUUGAAAGGGAAAAUAGUCAUUGGCUCCAAGCCGAAUUUUUUGUCUGAAGAUUUUGUUGAUAUGCGUGUCGUUCUUGAAUCUUCUCAGGGUACUAUAACUGCACCAAAAUAUAAAAACAACACGUUUUUCAUAUCUGGUCUGACAGACGGGAAGUACUCCAUUUACGUUAUGGCUCCCCAAUUACUCGAAAAUUUUGAAACUAUUGAAAUAGUAAACGAUACUAUUAAAUCGAGAAAAUAUGAUAAAAACCGAGACGUCUUGACUUUACGAGUUCAACAAAUCGAUUUCACAAAAGAAGUUGCAUCAUUCGACAUUUGGUCAUUGGUCAAAAACCCAAUGAUCAUUAUGGCUGCGGUCUCACUUGGGUUGUUAGGGUUUUCUAAAUUGACCCUUUCAGCAGUCGACGAGGAGGAAGCAAGAGUAUUGAAGCAUCCAGAUAUUAUCCUCGCCAAUGGGCAAAGAGUUGACCCAACAAAGCUCGUUCCAAAAUUCGAGUAA